AUGGGCACCAUCGCAAUCAUCGCCGCCGUCAUCCUUGGCAUCUCAUUCAUGACCUUUGUGGCCUUUUUCGGCAGACUACCUGCCUUACGAAACACACCCAUCUCCUUCCUCCACCGCCUAAUCUGGAUCCACCUCCCCAACAGCCUCAUCACCCUCGACGGCUUCCUAACCGGCGGUCGCCUUUCCAACUCAGUUACCCGUCUAGCCCACUACCUCUGGUACGACCAACACCCGACAAUCCUCAUCUUCUUCUUUUUAUUGCUUUCAGUAGGCGAAUACCUCUACCUCCCCCACGCCUGGCCUUACCUUUCGUCCACUCACAAAACCCUCGGCGUCCUCGCCAUCUUUUUCCCUUACCUCUUCCUCUACCUCUCCGCCUUCACGGACCCAGGCACCAUCAACCCCCAAACGCACGUGCGCGAAAUGGCCCGCUACCCGUACGAUUUCUCGCUCUUCCACCCGGGCACAACCUGCGAGACCUGUCACUUGCUCAAACCGGCUAGGUCCAAACAUUGCAGUAUCUGCAAGAAGUGCAUCGGGAGGAUGGACCAUCAUUGUAUAUUCAUCAAUAACUGCGUGGGCGCCAACAAUCAGCGGUGGUUUAUUCUUUUGCUACUAAGCACGGCCAUCCUAACACUGUACGGCGGGGUUCUUGGGCUGCAAAUAAUCCGGGCUAAAAUCCAGGCGCGGUUCCCUUACUGGAGUUUAAUGCCCUGGUGGACUUCCCGCCAGGCAUGGGAAAGUGGUGAGCUAGAUCUUCACAGGUGGCUGGUCCUCUGGAGUUGGGGCUUGCAGUCCGGCGUGGCCAUGGGAUCUGUUACAUUACUGGCGCUGCUGACUACUCCCCUCGUCUGGGGAUUGCUGGGGUAUCAUCUGUGGCUGGUGUACUGCGGGACGACGACGAACGAGAGCAUGAAGUGGCAGGAUUGGCAGGCGGAGAUGGACGAGGGCGGGGUUUAUAAGCGAAGGAUGGAUUCGAGACAGAGAGAGAAGGAUUUGAAGGUUGAGCCGGCGUGGACGAGGUGGCCGGUCGAGGCGGAGCAGGUCAUGGUUAGGACUGACGAUGGGAAGCCGCCGAGGUCCAGCCAUAGGUUGCCCGGGGAGGGCGAGUGGGAGGCCGUUUGGAGGCUGAAGGAUGUGGAGAAUCUUUAUGAUAUUGGGCUGUGGGAUAAUUUGGUGGAUGUUUUUAGCCCGUAUUUCAUGUUUAAGGAGGCGAAAGGGAGGGGCAGUCCGGUUGAUGAGCGGGAGUUUGGGAGGGAGAGGGGAAGGGGUAGGAGAAGGAGUUCUUGA